AUGUCAUGUGAUGAGCAGGAAGGGUCAUGUCCAGGUUAUGAAGUGACUGACGAAAAGAAAAUGGAGAGCGAGGGCGACUGUGAGGGUUUGGAUGUGGGCGUGGGUGAGAGUGGUUUAGACGUGGUGGCGGGCGGCUUAGAGGUUGUUGCGGAGGCGGUGGGUGGUAUGGAGGAAAGUGCAAAGGUGCAAAGGCGCUGCAAGGCAUUGCAGAGAUGGCGGCGGCAAGCGGGAAGCGCCCACGGAACCGACGGGAUUGAAAACAGCGAGGAGAGUGAGAGGCUGAUAGACAGCGAAGAGAGUGAGAGGCUGAUAGACAGCGAGGAGAGUGAGAGGCUGCUAGACAGCGAGGAGAGUGAGAGGCUGCUAGACAGCGAGGAGAGUGAGAGGCUGCUAGACAGCGAGGAGAGUGAGAGGCUGCUAGACAGCGAGGAGAGUGAGAGGCUGCUAGACAGCGAAGAGAGUGAGAAGCUGCUAGACAGCGAGGAGAGUGAGAGGCUGCUAGACAGCGAGGAGAGUGAGAGGCUGCUAGACAGCGAGGAGAGUGAGAGGCUGCUAGACAGCGAGGAGAGUGAGAGGCUGCUAGACAGCGAGGAGAGUGAGAGGCUGAUAGACAGCGAGGAGAGUGAGAGGCUGAUAGACAGCGAGGAGAGUGAGAGGCUGAUAGACAGCGAGGAGAGUGAGAGGCUGAUAGACAGCGAGGAGAGUGAGAGGCUGAUAGACAGCGAGGAGAGUGAGAGGCUGAUAGACAGCGAGGAGAGUGAGAGGCUGAUAGACAGCGAGGAGAGUGAGAGGCUGAUAGACAGCGAGGAGAGUGAGAGGUUGAUAGACAGCGAGGAGAGUGAGAGGUUGAUAGACAGCGAGGAGAGGUAG